UCCGGGCGGCGGCGGGGAGCCGUGCGGGGCCCGUGCGGGAAGGGCGGCGGGUGCGAUGGGCGUGUGGUGGGCGCCCGCGGUGCGGGUGCUGGUGCUGCAGGCGGCCUGGGCGCUGGGCGGCGGGCAGGUGCGCUACUCGGUGCCGGAGGAAGCCAAGGCCGGGACGGUGGUGGGCCGCCUGGCGCAGGACCUGGGCCUGGAGGCGGGCGAGGCGGAGGCGCGGCGGCUGCGGCUGGUGGCGCAGGGCCGGCGGGCGAGCGUGGAGGUGAGCGGGGCGAGCGGGGCGCUGGUGGUGAGCUCGCGGCUGGACCGGGAGGAGCUGUGCGGGAAGAGCGCGCCGUGCGCCCUGCGCCUGGAGGUGCUGGUGGAGCGGCCGCUGCGCGUCUUCCACGUGGAGCUGGAGGUCACCGACAUCAACGACAACGCCCCGCUCUUCCCCGCCGCCCGCAAAAACCUCAGCAUCGCGGAAUUCACCACGCUGCCGGGGUCCCGGUUCCCGCUGGAGGGCGCGUCGGAUGCAGAUAUCGGAGCCAACGCGCAGCUCUCCUAUGCGCUCAGCCCCAACGAGCACUUUACGCUCGAUGUUAAGUCCUCUGAUGAAAAUAGAAAAUCCCUGUUUCUGGUUCUUGCGAAACCGCUGGACCGCGAGUCGGUGGCUGUGCACCGUCUGGUGCUGACGGCGAGUGACGGGGGCCGGCCGCCGCUGACGGGCACGGUGGAGCUGGUGAUCUCGGUGCUGGACGCCAACGACAACGCGCCCCAGUUCAACCAGUCGGUGUAUAAAGCGCAGCUGCCGGAGAGCGCUACCGAGGGGACGCUGGUGGCGCGGGUGAACGCCACGGAUCCGGACGAGGGAAUCAAUAAGGACUUUUCUUACAGCAUCGUCAGUUUGGAUCCUGCCGGUAACAGAGACCUUUUCACCAUUGAUCCGAAGACGGGCGAGAUCCGUCUGACGGGCGCCCUGGACUUUGAAGACGUGCAUUUACACGAGAUACAAAUCGAAGCGAGAGACGAAGGCUGGCCGCCGCUGUCGGGUCACUGCAGCGUGGAGCUGGAGGUGCUGGACGUGAACGACAACGCGCCGGAGGUGUGGGUGACGUCGCUGUCGGUGCCGGUGCCGGAGGACGCGGCGGUGGGGACGGUGGUGGCGCUGCUGAGCGUGUCGGACCGAGACUCGGGGGCGAACGGUCGCGUGCGGUGCGCGGUGUGGCCGGCGUCGCCGUUCGGGCUGGUGGCGACGUUCGCGGGCUCGUACUCGCUGGUGCUGCGGGAGGCGCUGGACCGCGAGCGGGUGGCGGAGUACGAGGUGGAGGUGCGGGCGGAGGACGGCGGGGCGCCGCCGCUGCGCGCCAGCCGCGGGGUGCGCGUGCCGGUGUCGGACGUGAACGACAACGCGCCGGCGUUCGCGCAGGCCGUGUACACGGUGCUGGCGCGGGAGAACAACGCGGCGGGCGCGGAGCUGGCGCGGCUGUGGGCGCGGGACCCGGACGAGGCGGGCAACGGGCGCGUGAGCUACUCGGUGGCGGAGGGCGGCGGCGGCGCGGUGUCGGGCGGGGUGUGGCGGUCGGCGUCGAGCUACGUGUCGGUGGACGCGGAGAGCGGUCGGCUGUGGGCGCUGCAGCCGCUGGACUACGAGGAGCUGCAGGUGCUGCAGUUCGAGGUGCGGGCGGUGGACGCGGGGGAGCCGCCGCUGUGCGGCAACGCGACGGUGCAGCUCUUCGUGGUGGACGAGAACGACAACGCGCCGGCGCUGCUGCCUCCUGCCGGCGGCGAGCCGGGCCCCGGGGCCGCGGGCGAGGCGGCGUCGGGGCCGGGCUCGGGGGCGCUGUGGGCGUGGGCGGCGUGGGGGGCGCCGGCGGGGCAGGUGGUGGCGAAGAUCCGCGCGGUGGACGCGGACUCGGGCUACAACGCGUGGCUGCGCUACGAGCUGUGGGAGCCGCGGGGGAAGGGCCCGUUCCGCGUGGGGCUGUACAGCGGCGAGGUGAGCACGGCGCGGGCGCUGGAGGAGGCGGACGGCCCGCGGCAGCGGCUGGUCGUCGUGGUGCGGGACCACGGGGAGCCGGCGCGCUCGGUCACGGCCACGCUGAGCGUGUCGCUGGUGGAGGGCGCCGAGGCGGCGCUGGCGGCCGCGGGCUCGUCGGGGCCGGGGCCGGGGCUGCGUGCGGCGGCGGGCGCGGAGGGCGACGCGGCGGCGGCGGCGGCGGCGUCGACGAACGUGUGGCUGGUGGUGGCCAUCUGCGCGGUGUCGAGCCUGUUCCUGCUGGCCGUGGUGCUGUACGGGGCGUCGCGGUGGGCGCCGCGGGCGGCCGUGCUGUCGGGGCCCGGGCCGGCGACGCUGGUGUGCGCCAGCGAGGUGGGGAGCUGGUCGUACUCGCAGCGCCAGAGCCGGAGCCUGUGCGUGACGGACGGCGCGGGCAAGAGCGACCUGAUGGUUUUCAGCCCCAACUUCCCGCCGCCGCCCGGCCCCGCGGCGAAGGAGACGCAGCCGGAGCCGCCCGCUCUGCUGGACACGGUCAGUGCCCCCCCCUUCCCCGCCCCUUCCCGCGACGCCCCUGCCCCUCUGUCGCCCUUGUCGCCCGCCCCCCUGGCCGGCGGUGGCGGUGGCCGUGCUCAGCCCCCGAUGCCCGAGGGUGGUGGUCGCUGGGCAGGUGCUGCAGGCUCCUGACGGGACCGUUGCACCUGCCUUUGUGUCCUUGCCGGAGCCCCUUGACUCUUGGGGUACGGGAGGAAUGAAGAUCUGGCCGCACCCUGCAGCAGUUCUUGUCCACAGCUGAGGUUUGCUCAUCAGCGUUUGGGUUUUUCUGUCAGAGGCUGGAAUGAACGCCAUUGCUGUUUAGAGCUGUUGCGACAUGACCUUUAGGAAGAGUAUUGCUCCCAGGGCUGCCCCAUUUCCCUCUGAGCUGGCUGAGGCAUUGCCGAGCAUGAAGAGUCCACAGUAGAGCAUCUGCCCCUUAUUGUGUGUGUGAUGCCUUUCUGUGUCCUUCAUGGUGCUGUCAUUGAUGGGAAGGGUAAGCCAAAGUAGGUUUGAGCCCUGAGGUGGGAAAUGAAACUGUGUCAUGUCCCAGAGAUGAAUGUGGUAGUGGCAUGAGUAGGGCCUGGACCAUGUCCUGCCAUGAAAGAUGACCUUGUGCAGUGGGAAGACUUGCCUGCAGGAACUAGUAAUCCUUGGGAAGACUGUAGGCUAUGUUAUAAGAUGAUAAGUAUGGGAGAUGAUGUGUUUGUCUUGAUAAUGCAUUUCCCAGAGUGGGGAAUGUAGGAUGCUUAGAGGAAAGCACG